CUUGGCGCUGCACCCUGAACGUCUGCUGGUGGCUACAGGGCAAGUUGGGAAGGAGCCAUACAUCUGCGUGUGGGAUUCAUACUCUGUACAGACCGUCUCCAUACUGAAAGAUGUUCACACGCAUGGUAUCGCCUGUCUGGCGUUCGACCUGGAGGGGCAGCGCCUGGUGUCUGUGGGCCUCGACUCCAAGAACACCAUCUGCGUUUGGGACUGGAGGAAGGGGAAGCUGCUGUCUAUGGCUCCGGGUCACACAGACAGGAUCUUUGACAUCUCCUGGGAUCUCUACCAACCCAACAAGCUGGUCAGUUGUGGAGUGAAGCACAUCAAGUUCUGGAACCUUUGCGGGAACUCGCUGACGCCAAAGCGCGGCGUGUUCGGGAAGACGGGCGACCUGCAGACCAUACUGUGCCUGGCGGGCGCGAGGGACGACGUGACCUACUCCGGGGCUCUGAACGGGGACAUCUACGUGUGGAAGGGGCUGAACCUCGCUCGGACGAUCCAAGGAGCGCACGCCGCCGGAAUCUUCAGCAUGAACGCCUGUGAGGAAGGAUUCGCCACCGGAGGUCGGGACGGCUGCGUGCGCCUGUGGGAUUUAAACUUUAAAUCAAUUACUGCCAUUGAUCUCAGGGAAACCGACCAAGGCUACAAAGGUCUGUCCGUUCGCAGCGUGUGCUGGAGGGGGGACCACAUCCUGGUGGGGACUCAGGACAGUGAAAUAUUCGAGAUUGUGGUCCACGAACGCAACAAGCCUUUCCUGAUCAUGCAAGGACACUGCGAGGGCGAGCUCUGGGCCCUGGCUGUCCAUCCCACCAAACCGCUGGCCAUUACCGGGAGCGACGACCGAUCAGUCAGGGACAUGACGGAGGUGGUACAUAUCAAGGACAGGAAGGAAGCCAUUCAUGAGCUGAAAUAUUCUCUGGAUGGCAAUUUCCUGGCGGUGGGCUCCAAUGACAGCUGUGUGGACAUCUACGGGGUGGUGCAGCGAUACAAGAAGGUGGGCGAGUGUAUGGGCUCCGUGUCCUUCAUCACACACAUGGACUGGUCAUCCGACAGCAAAUACCUGCAGACCAACGACGGCAGCGGGAAAAGGAUGUUCUACAGGAUGCCGGGGGGAAAGGAAAUCACCAAUAUGGAGGAGUUGAAGGGGGUGCAGUGGACCCGAUGGACGUGUGUGACCGGUUUGGAAGUUAAUGGGAUUGGACCCAAAUACUCGGAGGUGAACGACGUCAAUUCCGUAGACGCCAACUUUCUUGGGCAAGUUUUGGUGACGGCGGAUGAUUAUGGGAUUGUGAAGCUGUUCCGGUACCCCUGUGUGAAGAGAGGAGCAAAGUUCCGGAAGUACUUGGGCCACUCGGCUCAUGUCACCAGUGUGCGAUGGUCACAUGACUAUCAGUGGAUUAUCUCGGUUGGUGGCGCCGACCACUCGGUAUUCCAGUGGAAGUUUAUACCAGACCGCAAGCUGAAGGACGUUCUCCAUAUUGCUCCACAGGAGAGUUUGAUGGAUUCCAAUAGCGACGAAUCCGAUUCGGAACAUUCGGAUGUCCCAGAGCUGGACUCUGAGAUUGAGCAGGAGACGCAGGUCACGUACCGCCNCCAGGUGUAUAAAGAAGAUCUACCUCAGCUUAAAGAGCAAUGCAAAGAAAAACACAAAAGUGCUUCUUCCAAGAGGCGGGAGAGCGCGCCCCUGAACAGCAUCCGGCUACACUUCGUACACGGGUACCGGGGCUAUGACUGCCGCAGUAACCUCUUUUACACCCAGACGGGUGAGAUCGUUUACCAUGUGGCGGCAGUGGGCGUGGUCUAUAACCGCCAGCAAAACACCCAGAGGUUCUAUCUAGGGCACACUGACGACAUCCUGUGCCUAGCCAUCCACCCGCUGAAGGAUUAUGUAGCCACCGGCCAGGUGGGCAGGGACAGCACGGUGCACAUUUGGGACUCUGAGACCAUCCGGCCGCUCUCCGUACUGAAGGGUCAUCAUCAAUUUGGGGUGUGUGCGGUGGAUUUCUCAGCGGACGGGAAGCGCCUGGCCUCAGCUGGCAUCGAUGACAAUCACACCGUCGUCCUGUGGGACUGGAAGAAAGGAGAGAAGUUAUCGUCUGUUAGAGGAAGUAAAGACAAGAUUUUCGUGGUGAAGAUUAACCCCUAUAUGCCUGACAAGCUGAUCACCGCUGGUGUGAAGCACAUGAAGUUUUGGCGGCGUGCAGGCGGCGGGCUGGUCGGACGCAAAGCUUGCAUGGGAAGCGGCACAAAGAUUGACACCAUGAUGUGCGCAGUGUACGGAUGGACGGAAGAGAUGUCCUUUUCUGGGACCUCCUCAGGAGAUGUGUGUAUAUGGAGGGAUCUGUUCCUCAUGAAGACGGUGAAGGCUCACGACGGUCCCGUAUUCAGCAUGCACGCCCUGGAUAAGGGUUUUGUGACCGGAGGAAAAGAUGGCGUGGUCGCCUUGUGGGAUGACUCCUUCGAGCGAUGCCUCAAAACCUACGCAAUCAAGAGAGCCGCACUGGCUCCCGGUUCUAAAGGGCUCCUAUUAGAAGAUAACCCUUCUAUCCGUGCCAUAUCUCUGGGACACGGCCAUAUCCUGGUGGGAACAAAGAACGGAGAGAUCCUGGAGGUAGAUAAGAGUGGACCGGUCACCCUCCUGGUUCAGGGACACAUGGAGGGAGAGGUUUGGGGUUUGGCCACCCACCCACAUUUACCCAUCUGUGCCACUGUGAGCGAUGACAGGACCCUCCGCAUCUGGGACCUCUCCCCCAGCCACUGCAUGCUCGCCGUGCGCAAACUGAAGAAAGGUGGUCGGUGCUGUUCUUUCUCUCCAGACGGAAAGGCUUUGGCCGUCGGUCUAAACGACGGAAGUUUUUUAAUCGUCAACGCGGACACGCUGGAGGACUUGGUGUCAUUUCACCACAGGAAGGACGUGAUUUCCGACAUUCGCUUCUCCCCUGGUUCUGGUAAAUACCUGGCCGUCGCUUCCUAUGACAACUUUGUGGAUAUUUACAAUGUGAUGAACAGUAAACGUAUUGGAGUGUGCAAGGGGUCCACAAGCUACAUCACCCACCUUGACUGGGACUCCCGAGGGAAGCUGAUACAGGUGAACACCGGGGCCAAGGAACAGCUGUUUUUUGAAGCCCCUCGAGGAAAGAGACAAAUGAUCCCGGCCCAAGAGGUAGAGAAGAUCUCCUGGUCCUCGUGGACUAGUGUCCUGGGUCCGAGCUGUGAGGGCAUCUGGCCAGUGAUCGGAGAGGUCAGCGAUGUGACGGCCGCUACGCUCACCAACGACGGCAAAGUCUUGGCAACUGGCGAUGAUUUUGGAUAUGUGAAGCUCUUCCGAUACCCCGUCAAAGGGAAAUACGGGAAGUUUAAGAGGUACGUAGCGCACAGCUCCCACGUCACCAAUCUUCGCUGGAUUCACGAUGACAGCCUGCUGGUCAGUGUCGGCGGCCCGGACACCUCGCUCAUGCUCUGGACACACGAGGUGGAUGGGCACCGGGAGACGAGGCAGUGCGACAGCGAAGAGUCUGACCUGGAUUCCGAGGAGGACGGAGGUUAUGACAGCGAUGUGACGAGAGAGAAUGAAUUAACCUACACCAUCAGAGCCUUAUCCACCAACAUCCGUCCCACGGCCGGGAUCAAACCCCACAUGCAGCAGAAGGAGCUGACCUUGGAUGAGAGGCAGGGAGUAGUCAGAGGUUCCAGACCGCCCGUUAGCAGAGCCUUACCGCAGCCGGAAAAACUUCAGACCAACAACGUGGGGAAGAAGAAGAGACCCAUCGAGGUAAUCCGCCUGGAAUGAUUGAAUGUUCAGAUAGCACACCGACAAUAAGACUGCAGGAACAACGUCCACUAUUUAAAUGACUGUUCUGAUAUCCUGUACCACUCUGCCUCCAUUGGGAUCCUGUAUAACGUUGCUACGGGAUCUCAGAGUUUUUACCAGGAACACACAGACGACAUCUUGUGCCUCACCGUGAACCAGCACCCCAAGUUCACCAACAUUGUGGCAACUGGCCAAGUAGGUGACGCCGCCGAUAUGUCUGCGUCAGCCCCCUCUAUACACGUGUGGGACGCCAUGAACAAGCAGACACUGUCCGUCCUGCGCUGCUACCAUUCCAAGGGGGUGUGCUCGGUCAGUUUCAGCGCCACGGGGAAGUUGCUGCUGUCCGUUGGGCUGGACCCGGAACACACCAUCACCAUCUGGAAAUGGCAGGAAGGUGCCAAAAUUGCCAGUAAAGUUGGCCACAACAAGCGAAUCUUUGUGGCGGAGUUCCGGCCAGACUCGGACACCCAGUUUGUGUCGGUAGGGGUAAAGCACGUGCGGUUCUGGACUUUGGCGGGGAGAGCGCUGCUGAGUAAGAAGGGGAUGCUGAGCUCCAUCGAGGAUGCCCGCAUGCAGACUAUGUUGGCUGUGGCGUUUGGCGCGGGGAAUCUGACGUUUACGGGAACCAUUAGCGGAGACGUCUGUGUGUGGAAGGAUCACAUACUGUCCCGUAUUGUGGCCAAAGCUCAUAACGGUCCUGUGUUUACCAUGUACACCACGCUGAGGGACGGCCUCAUCGUCACUGGAGGGAAGGAGAGACCGUCCAAGGAAGGUGGUGCAGUGAAGCUGUGGGAUCAGGAGCUGAAGAGGUGUCGCGCCUUCAGGCUGGAGACCGGCCAGACGACCGACUGUGUGAGAUCAGUGUGCAGGGGCAAGGGGAAGAUCCUGGUUGGCACGCGCAAUGCGGAAAUCAUUGAGGUGGGGGAGAAGAACGCAGCUUGUAACAUUCUCAUCAAUGGUCACAUGGAUGGACCCAUCUGGGGACUGGCCACCCAUCCAACCCGGGACUUCUUCCUGUCCGCUGCGGAGGAUGGCACCGUGCGGCUGUGGGACAUCGUGGAUAAGAAGAUGCUAAACAAGGUGAACCUUGGUCACUCGGCACGGUCAGUGUGCUACAGCCCUGAGGGCGACAUGGUGGCCAUCGGCAUGAAGAAUGGAGAGUUUGUUAUCUUAGUUGUGGCCUCUCUAAAGAUCUGGGGCAAGAAGAGAGAUCGGAGAUCCGCCAUUCAGGACAUCAGAUUUAGCCCCGACUCCCACUACUUGGCGGUGGGCUCCAGCGAGAAUGCCGUCGAUUUCUAUGACCUCACUAUCGGACCCUCAUUGAACCGUAUCAGCUACUGCAAAGACAUUCCGAGCUUCGUGCUGCAAAUCGACUUCUCUGCGGACAGCCGCUACGUGCAGGUCUCCACCGGGUGUUACAAGAGGCUGGUCUAUGAAGUGCCUUCCGGAAAACUCCUCACGGAACAAGCUGUGAUUGACCGCAUCACCUGGGCUACCUGGACCAGUGUCCUGGGGGACGAGGUGCUGGGAAUCUGGUCCAGGCACAACGACAAAUCGGACGUGACGUGUACCUGCGUCUCUCACUCAGGGAUCAGCCUGGUUACGGGCGAUGACUUGGGAAUGGUCAAGUUAUUUGACUUCCCCUGUCCGGAAAAGUUCGCAAAACACAAGCGUUUCCUGGGGCACUCUGCCCAUGUGACCAACAUCCGAUUCACCAGUGGUGACCGCUACGUGGUUAGUGCAGGAGGAGACGACUGCAGUUUGUUUGUAUGGAAAUGCGUCCACAUGCCGCACUGAUGACAACGGAGCACCUGUGCAAUUGUCCACCCAGAGCGCCCGAGAGCGUCUCCUCUCUACGCCUUGCUGGGUAGCCGAGCGGCUGCGG